AUGGGCCUGGGAAAGCGGAGGGAAAAGCCAUGGCAGGGCAGGAUUGCCAGCCAAUUGGCCGGAUGCCCGGCGGAGGCGCAGGCGCAUGCGCAGUUGUCCUGCGCCCUGGAAAAACGCACGGCGGGGAGCUCGGCCUUCCAGGCUGAAUACCGACAAAAACGACGAGCUCUGGCCUUUUCCACUGGGCAAACCAUCGCCAGACAGAAGUUACCUUUGCUCCUGCCCGGACGACUGAACGCACGCUGCUGCUGUUUCGCCGUAGUCUCGCCGCCCGUCGCCUGGAAAAAAAAUAGAAAAAAUAAUAAGAACUUCCCGGAGCAGCAGAGCUCCAGAGCUCUACCAAAACCGAAAUCAUAUUUUUUGUGGACCAGGGAAUCUAUCUCAGGAGCAGGAACCAGGAGCGGGAACCAGGAGCAGGACCAGGACCAGGACCAAACCGAUCCCAACAGAGCGAACGUGGCGUCCAACGAGGCCAACACCAGCGCCGCGGGCAGUGGCCCGGAGUCCGCCGCCCUGUUCUCGAAAUUGCGUAGCUUCUCCAUUGGCAGCGGGCCCAACUCGCCGCAGCGCGUCGUCUCCAAUCUCCGCGGAUUCCUCACCCAUCGCCUCAGCAACAUCACACCGAGCGACACAGGAUGGAAAGACUCGAUUCUGUCGAUUCCGAAGAAAUGGCUGUCCACGGCCGAGUCCGUGGACGAAUUCGGAUUCCCUGACACUCUACCCAAGGUGCCCGUGCCGGCGCUGGAUGAAACGAUGGCCGACUACAUCCGCGCCCUGGAGCCGAUCACCACGCCGGCGCAGCUGGAGCGGACCAAGGAGCUGAUCAGGCAGUUCACGGCCCCCCAGGGAUUGGGGCCUCGGCUGCAUCAGUAUCUGCUGGACAAGCGCGAGGCGGAGGACAACUGGGCCUAUUACUACUGGCUCAAUGAGAUGUACAUGAAUAUUCGCAUCCCCUUGCCGAUCAACUCGAAUCCGGGCAUGGUGUUCCCGCCACGUCGCUUUAAGACGGUCCACGACGUGGCUCACUUCGCCGCCCGGCUGCUAGACGGGAUCCUGAGCCACCGUGAGAUGCUGGACAGUGGGGAGUUGCCUCUGGAGCGGGCUGCUUCCAGGGAGAAGAAUCAGCCUCUGUGCAUGGCUCAGUAUUAUCGACUCCUGGGCUCCUGCCGUCGACCAGGUGUUGAGCAGGACUCCCAGUUCCUGCCGUCGCGAGAGCGUGUGAACGACGAGGAUCGCCAUGUGGUGGUCAUCUGCCGCAACCAGAUGUACUGCGUUGUCCUGCAGGCCAACGAUCGUGGCAAGUUGUCCGAGAGCGAGAUAGCCUCGCAGAUCCUCUACGUCCUUAGCGAUGCUCCCUGUCUGCCCGCUAAGCCCGCUCCGGUGGGUCUGCUCACCGCCGAACCAAGAAGCCGAUGGGCACGUGACCGCGAAAUGCUGCAGCAGGACGAGCGUAAUCAACGCAAUCUGGAGCUCAUUGAGACCGCCCAGGUGGUGCUCUGUCUGGACGAACCGCUGGCUGGGAACUUCAAUGCCCGUGGCUUCACCGGCGCCACGCCCACCGUCCACAGGGCUGGGGAUCGGGACGAGACGAACAUGGCCCACGAGAUGAUCCACGGCGGAGGCAGCGAGUACAACUCCGGAAAUCGCUGGUUCGACAAGACCAUGCAGCUCAUUAUCUGUACCGAUGGAACUUGGGGCCUGUGCUAUGAGCACUCCUGUUCCGAGGGCAUUGCUGUGGUGCAGCUGCUGGAGAAGAUCUACAAGAACAUAGAGGAUCACCCGGCCGAGGAUAAUGGUCUGCCGCAGCAUCACUUGCCGCCACCGGAGCGUCUCGAGUGGCAUGUAAAUCAGCCGCUCCAACUGCGCUUUGGCCAGGCCUCCCAGAGCGUGGAUAAAUGCAUCGAUGACCUGGACUUCUACGUCUACCGCUACCAGAGUUACGGGAAAACCUUCAUCAAGUCAUGUCAGGUCAGUCCGGACGUCUACAUUCAGCUGGCUCUGCAACUGGCCCACUACAAGCUCUACGGGCACCUGGUGGCCACCUACGAGAGUGCAUCCACGCGGAGAUUUUUGCAUGGCCGCGUGGACUGCAUCAGGGCCGCCAGCACGGAGGCAUUGGAGUGGGCCAAGGCCAUGUGCCAGGGCGAGGGCGCCAACGUUGCCCUGGAGAGCGAUCGCGAGGAGGAGGAGGAGUCACGCAAGGUCAAGUUUAGCAUUUACAGUAAGGAUCACCUGCGUGAGCUGUUCCGCUGCGCCGUCGCCCGCCAGACGGAGGUGAUGGUGAAGAACAUCCUGGGCAACGGCAUCGACAUCCCCUUGCUGGGACUCCGAGAGGCCAGCAUAGAGGUCACUGGCGAGAUGCACGAGCUCUUCAAGGACGAGUCCUACAACAUCUCGCAGUGCUUCUUGCUCUCCACCAGUCAGGUGGCCUGCUCUACGGACAGCUUCAUGGGAUACGGACCGGUAACGCCUCGAGGAUAUGGCUGCUCCUAUAAUCCCCAGCCGGAGCAGAUCGUCUUCUGCGUGUCGGCCUUCUACUCCUGCGAGGACACGAGUGCCUCGCGCUACGCCAAGUCGCUGCAGGACUCGCUGGACAUAAUGCGAGAUCUACUACAGAAUUAGAGCCCCAAAAGGGGUUCCAACCAAAACAUAUCAGUAAAUGUACCUUAGCAGGUUAGCGAACGAAACUAAGUAAGUGUAACUAGCGACCGCCCGGGCGUUUCAUUUGUGACCAAGCACCACCAAGCGAGCCACCCAACGAGGGGUGGGGAUCUGAGAAUCUGAAGAUCCGAGAAGGAUAACGAAAUCGAAAACUAAUGUCAAUCACUAUCAUGUUGAGACAAGCAAAAAAAAAA